CGUCCCAACGAAAGGUUCGGUACAGCAGGCACCCAACAUCCUGUGAGCGUGUAUCAGAGGUUUAGGACCGAGAGAGUGGGGGAUCUCUCACUUCCAUUGCGCCUGCCUUUGGAAGUGGACGUUGAGGCGCAUCAUCAAGACCUCGCUAAAGGACGGGAUGCAGGCGUGGUGGAGUCUUGCCCUGGCGUUGGCCGCGUUGUGGCGCGCCGCGACGCCCACCCCGGUGCCGCAGCUCAACGACAGGCCGAUCAUUGGCAUUCUGGCGCAGGAGAUGGACGCCAGUCUGGCCGCGGCUGUGCACGGCGCCCUCUCGCCUCCCUCGGACGUCCGCCUCCGACGUUCCUUGGCGUCGCCGGCCGCUGCCUCGAAGGGCACCGAAGACGCCGCCAAGGUGACCGAGCCGGAGGGAGGCCUCCAGUCCCAGCAGAACUACGAGUACCUCACCUUCGAGGAGGGCGAGGAGCUGCAGAAGCCGGAGGUGGACAUCGUUCCGAGCGCGGAGGCCGAGGUAAGGGCCCCCGCGGCCGCCAGCGCCCCCGCCCCUGCCCUCGCCGCCAUGACCACGUCUCCUGAGGCGCCGCUGCCCUCGACCCCGACGGAGCCAUCGAAGUCCUACAUCGCCGCCUCGUACGUGAAGUUCAUGGAGGCCGCCGGCGCCAGGGUCGUCCCGAUCUUAAUCAACCAAGACAAAGAAUACUACGAGCGUAUCCUGUCUUCCAUCAACGGAGUGCUCUUCCCUGGCGGAGCCGUAGCCAUCGACCAGACCAGCGGGUACGGACGCGCCGGCAAACUCAUUUAUGACACCGCCGUGCAGAUGAACAAGGACGGCGACGUGUUCCCUCUGUGGGGCACCUGCCUGGGCUUCGAACUCCUGAUGGGGCUGGCGGCGAAGGGCCAGGAGAUAAGAGCGAGCUGCAUGGCACAGAACUCGGCGGAUCACGUCAAGCUCGAUAAUG